AAGUAAUCAUAGCUUGUUCGAAACUGGGCUAGACUGUGUAUCAACUCUAAAGGCGAAACUGUCAUUGAGCUGUCCAUCAUGCUUGGUGGUGGAUUUAAAGCAGAAAGACUCCGUGUCAAUCUAAGACUAGUUAUAAACCGCCUCAAACUCCUGGAGAAGAAGAAAACUGAAUUAGCCCAGAAGGCACGAAAGGAGAUUGCAGACUACCUCUCGGCUGGUAAAGAUGAGCGUGCACGGAUUCGAGUGGAGCACAUCAUCAGAGAAGACUACCUGGUGGAGGCCAUGGAGAUCCUGGAGUUGUACUGUGAUCUGCUGCUGACUCGAUUUGGUCUCAUUCAGUCUAUGAAAGAGCUGGACCCAGGUCUUCAGGAAGCUGUAUCCACUUUGAUCUGGGCUGCCCCUCGACUGCAGUCAGAAGUUUCAGAGCUCAAGAUUGUGUCUGAUCAGCUUUGUGCCAAAUACAGCAAGGAGUAUGGGAAGCUUUGUAGGACUAACCAGAUUGGAACAGUCAAUGACAGGCUCAUGCACAAACUGAGUGUGGAGGCCCCGCCAAAGAUCUUGGUGGAGCGCUACCUCAUUGAGAUAGCCAAGAACUACAAUGUUCCGUAUGAGCCUGAUGCCAUGGUUCGGCCAGAAGUGUGUCCCGGCGAAGAGGCUGACCUCAUAGACGUGGACAGUGACUUUAAGAAGCCAGGUGGUGGUGGUGGAGGAGGAGGUGGAGGCUUCACUGCUCCCCCUGCUGCCAUGCCAAUGCCUAUGCCAAUGCCCAUGCCUACUGCCUUUAACUACCCACCUCCCAAAGGAGCUGAACCGUUCAAUGGUCCGGUUGGUACUUAUGAUGGCUUUAGCAACUUCCAGCCUCCAAUGAGGGGAGGGCAGCCACCCCAGCUUCCCAGCUGCCCCCCAACAUACGAGUCUAUUGAUGAGUUGUCUGUCAAACCUUCUGACCCGCCACAGGUUAUUCCUGGACCAAACCCAGGCCCUGGUCCCUCCUCUCAGAUCUAUGAUAAUUCAGCUCUUCCAGAGCUCCCCUCUGUUCCCGACACACUCCCUGCUUCAUCAUUUGGAGGGAACACCAACGCCUCAGACGACAUUGACUUUGAUGACCUAUCACGGCGCUUUGAAGAGCUGAAGAAGAAGACCUAAUCUCCCAGUUUCUCAAUUUACACAUGCCACCACCCUGACAGAGAAUGAAAAGAAAACCCUGGUCAAGUUUUGAUACAAACCUUCUUCUGCAGCUCAGAAUACUUUACCAUAUUCUCAUUACUCUUAUAUAAUCUAAUUUUACCUCGUUCAGACACAGACUGGUGUCUUUCUUGCAUCUUUCUGGUGGAGGUUGAUUGACUGUUUUAUUUCUAAGAUGCAGAAUGAAGGACCAGACUGAAAGCGAUCAGUUGUGGAGUACAAUUAAUGAAGUUUAUAUACAGUUAUAGACUUUACACAAAAAAAUAUUGAUCAUUGAAAUGUAAGCAUAUGGGAGACUUUUUUCAAUGAGCACUUUGCAUACAAGGCCUUUUGGAUCUAAACAAACUUUGUCAUGUGUAAUAUAGUUUAGCCAAUGCAGCACACUUAACCACCCUUUGAUUUUAUGGAUGAGAUGUUGGGUUUAAAAAUAGAGUGAAUUUUCACAGUAGGUGUACACAGAGCUGAAGUGGAAAAAAAUAGUCACCAAAAAUGUUAGCUGAAGAUAACAACAUGUUGAGUGAGGUGGCAGUCUCUCUCUCUCUUUUUUCCUCAAUACAGAAGACCGGUAAAACCUGUUGUGUGUCAGCCUUUGAGCACAGUAUAGUGAUGAGAACUUGUCCAACCUCUUUUGUGGCCCGUACACCAUGAUAAACACUGUGGUUUUCAGUGUGUGUUGUCUCCAGGGUUAGGUCAAUCCUUGAUUAUAUGAUUGUCUUAAGAUGUGGUGAUGGCUGAUGGAUAUGGUAACAUGACUGGUUAAAAAAGGUAGAAUAUGUAUUUGACAUCAGCAGGGGAUUUAUCAUUAUUUUCUUUUUCCUUUGACAAACUGACUGCUUUGGAAGUUAAUUUGUACACCCCAUUUGUAGUAGCCAGUGCACUGUAUUAUAUGAUGCUUCCUGAGCUUGGGAAGCGUGAUCUAAUAGGUCGUGAGACUUGGUUGCACAAAGCCUACCAAGUUACAAACAUUCUGCUUUCUUAAUUCAGCUCUAUAGCAGAAUUCUAAUUUGAGCAGAAAAGAUGGCUUGGUUGUCUUUUUCUGUGUAAUUCACACUCCUUUGAUAUGUGUUGUGUGUGUGCACACGCGCAUCUGCGUAUGCCACGUGGGGUUUGCCUUAGCCGUUAUUUCUCUUAAGUCAUUGGCCUUCCUAUUUUACUGCUCUGUCAGAUUACCCUAUCAGGUGGUGUGGGAAAUGUGGCAAACUUAAAAAUAUUUAGACAAAAAAUCUGUUGAAGCUUUCAAACAAUUUUUAUUUGUGUAUUUAUUUUUCUUCCAGUAGAGUUAAACAGUUGUUUUGGUGCAUAAGUUGAUGUAAACUGGAUCUCCACCACUGUUCUGUAUUUGUUAUUUGUGACUGGUAAAUAGUUGCCUCACUGUCUCUUUUUCAAUCCAUCUGUCCAAAUGUCCCUCUAAAAACAAGAACACUAUUGUACAGCAGACCUGCUUCACUGCUUCUGAAAUUAGCUUAUGGAACUCUAAAUGCCAUUUAGGAAUGUUUGAUACUGAUUUUAAUCUGCAUAGGAAGCAUAUCUAAUACAUAAA